UCAUCAAAGCAUCAUUCAAAACAAAGAAGGAGGGGAUCUUAAUGAAUAUUAUCCAAUGUUAUGCACCCACCAAUGAUAGCAACGACGAAAUUAAAGAUCAGUUCUACGAGCGGCUGCAGUCAAUCAUUGAGAAAUGCCCAAGAAAGGACCUAACUAUUCUGAUGGGAGAUCUAAAUGCCAAAGUCGGAAUAGACAACACUGGGUAUGAAGAUAUUAUGGGAUGACAUGGACUGCGAGAGAGGAACGAAAAUGGAGAAAGAUUUGCAAAUUUGUGUGCAUUCAACAAAUUGGUCAUAGGAGGCACAAUAUUUCCACACAAGCGUAUACACAAGGCUACAUGGAUCUCACCGGACCACACUACAGAGAACCAAAUAGAUCAUAUUUGCAUCAACAAAAAAUUCCGAAGGACAAUGGAAGAUGUGAGAACCAGGAGAGGUGCUGACGUAGCUUCAGAUCACCACCUAGUUGUAGCCAAUUUGAAACUGAAGCUAAAAAAGAACUGGACAAGUGGACAAACAGCAAUACAAAGGUUCAAUACAGCCUUCCUUCGAGAUACUGAUAAACUCAAUGAAUUCAAGAUAGCUCUCAACAACAGGUUUCAAGCCUUACAAGAUCUACUGAAAAAGAGAAGAAACUACUAUGGAGGACAACUGGAAAGGCAUCAACGAAGCAUUAACUUCAACGUGUCAAGAGGUUCUCGGUCUAAAGUAAUACCAUCAUAAGGAAUGGAUCUCUACAGAAACACUGGACAAGAUCAAAGAAAGGAAGAACAAGAAGGCAGCAAUAAACAACAGCCGAACACGAGCAGAGAAAGUCCAAGCACAAGCUGAAUACAAAGAAGCAAACAAACAAGUGAAGAGGAGCAUUAGAGCCGACAAGAAGAAAUACGUGGAAGAACUAGCAACGACGGCAGAAAAAGCUGCUAGAGAAGGAAAUAUGAAGCAGCUUCACGAUACAACGAAGAAACUAGCAGGGAAAUACAGUAAACCAGAGAGGCCGGUCAAAGACAAAGAAGGCAGGAAAAUCACCGAAAUUCAACAACAGCGUAACAGAUGGGUAGAAUACUUCGAGGAACUCCUGAAUAGGCCGGCUCCAAUGAAUCCACCGAACAUCGAAGCAGCACACAUA